AUGAACUCAGGACCCCAGCUCGGCGUACUCUCCUCGCACACGCCCCCAAACAGCAAGACCUCUACAUCACCACCUCACGCUUCGACUCUCGAUCCCCGCGAGUGCAUCUAUGAGACGCAAUCUCCCAUAAGAAGUCUAGACUCGGUCACUCAGACAGCCCUUCAAUCCAGCGCCAUCCAAAGCUCACUCCACUCCUCAAAGCCUGAGGUGUCUGCGCACAACAUCACUCUCUAUCGAUCCAACAACGAACUCGCCGCACCUAUCCGUCUACUCGUCUACGAACAGAGAGUUCUGUGCUCAAGGCCCAGUCACAUCAAGUACUCCGUCCACCAAAAUACCCCAUCAUUCUAUCUACCCCACUUCGACCACCCUAUCCCAGACUCACUACAAAAGUCAGUCUUAUGUCCGCUCAAACCAGGAUGGGGGGGGGGGGUGCAACCGUAUCUCUCCUCUCCUGAGAUUCUUCUCAUAGAGCAGGCUCCAUACAAACUCGAGAGCCUCCUUAAGAAACGCAGCUCACCAUAUCCAACUCUCUACAGACUCAUACUCUCCCACCCUGUCUCUCCUGUCUCCUCACACCCAUACACCCAGAUCUCACUCUCAGUUCUCACAAAGACGAUAAUCUCGCUCUCAUCCCCACUCGCUCAACAGUCCCAGCCCAAUCCCUUCCCGAAUUUCUCUCUCCUCUCCACCUACCAUCUACCUACUCGGCGAUUCUCGCCUGACCAUUGUGACAAGGGCUUCCUGACCAGUUAUCUCGGUACUCCCCGCAAUAACUCCCCCUCGAGGGCAGACAUCAGCUCACUCACCUCCCAUUGGACUAAUCCUCACCCUCUCACUCGCGAUCAACGAAGGUUCCUACGCCCCAAUCCCAUCACUCGUCUCCUCGGCUACACUCCUCCUGCGCCUAACAAUAUGCAUCACGCCAAACCGAGAUCACACAUCAUCGUGGAACUCAUCGGUUCCUCGACAAGACAAGAUCUCCGACGCUACUCCUCAUCACGACUCUCCAAUCGGGAGAUGCCGUCAUCAUCCUCGAACGCAAGAUGUGUUCCAACCCCUCCCCAGGACGCCCAGUCUCUAUCCACCAUUGACAUCCCACCUCAGAUCACCUGCUUCAUGGUAAUCUACACUCCGGCCACGCAUGUCCCCCUAUCCAACGUCAGUUCAGGUCACAUCCAGGAAGAUCUGACUCCGCCUCCCACGACACCCCUCACCGUCCCUCCCCUCUUACAAACGCAAUCUCAACCGUACCCCAAGGAAAAGGCCGAUAACAACCCACGCCUAGUCUUCCUGCACCAGCAAGCCAUCCCCUCCUGUCAUCCCCCCCGCAACUCCUCACAUCGCCAAGAACCUUCGGGAAGACCACUCACGACACCAGACCACUCGGCGCUUAACCUACCCGACAUCUCUGCCUCACUUCACGCUACCGGUGGGGAUGAGGUGGUUAGUGAGGAGAGAGGAUAUGCUCACCGAGGAAGCGCGAUACCCAAACGAAUCCCUCUCGACGCAACAGCCACUCCCGCGUUCUCCAGACCCCAUCCCAUCGAGCUCACAGAGGCGAUCUCCCGGGUCUCCAUGCGGAUAUCACGUCCCAUCACUGUCCCCCCACGUCACAUGUAUACUCCCAGCCGUCCCAGUAAAAUCAAUCCGCAACCAGCUCACCGGGUCUAUCGGAAGGACCUGUCAUACCUCCCAAAUAUGAGCAACCGCCGGGCUUCCCCGACGUCUGGUACCCACACCUACCCCUACUCCUACAUCAAUCCCCAACCAUUCCAACAGCGCGAUACUCAUGAGAUGAUUGCGUGUAGUGUUCACUGGAGUCGUACUCAAUCGUUGCAUCCGACUACAGUUAAACUCGGGUUCAUCUCCCAGCUGGAGCCCGGAUCUCCUCCACUCAACUCUCCCUAUUUCUCCACAACAACCUCUCUCGAUGACGCCUCGUUCAUUCUUAUCACUAUCGGUUCCAUCUGCUUCAAUCCAAGUAGAGUCACCUCUAUCACCCCCCCCUCCGCGAUAGCCCCAUUCCUCUCAGCCUCAUCGUCCUAA